CAUAACCUUAACCCAAGCUCAAAAAAGCCCUCGCAAAUCACCAAUCCCAGCCAAACAGAUCUCUCUCUUCUAAUCAUUCAUUCAUUCUCUUUGCCCUGCGGCAGAUAGGAAGAGAUUUGCAAUGUCUUCUAAGCCAUCGGAGAAUGGAAUCGAAGGUGACGAUGAGAGAGAAGAUGAAGAAGAUUCCGACGAGGAGGAGGAAGAAGAAGAAGAAGAAGAGGAUGAGCCGAGGCUCAAGUACCAAAGAAUGGGAGGUAGUGUUCCAUCGCUUCUCUCCAGUGAUGCCGCUUCGUGUAUAGCCGUGGCGGAGCGAAUGAUCGCGUUGGGUACUCACGCGGGAUCCGUCCAUAUUCUUGAUUUCCUUGGCAAUCAGGUUAAAGAAUUCCCAGCACAUACUGCUACCGUCAACGAUCUCUGCUUUGACCUAGAUGGUGAAUAUGUUGGAAGCUGUUCAGAUGAUGGAUCUGUGGUAGUAAACAGUCUUUUUACUGAUGAGAGAAUGAAAUUUGAGUAUCAUCGCCCGAUGAAGGCCAUAGCUAUAGACCCAGAUUAUGCAAGGAAAUCAUCCAGAAGAUUUGUUGCUGGUGGUUUAGCAGGUCAUCUAUAUUUUAAUACAAAGAAGUGGAUAGGCUACCGUGAUCAGGUUCUGCACUCUGGUGAAGGUCCAAUUCAUGUGGUGAAGUGGAGAACGAGCCUCAUUGCUUGGGCUAAUGAUGCAGGAGUCAAAGUUUAUGAUACUGCUAAUGAUGAACGUAUAACAUUUAUUGAAAGACCCAGAGGAAGCCCACGCCCUGAGCUUUUGCUCCCUCAUUUGGUUUGGCAGGACGAUACCCUCUUGGUCAUUGGGUGGGGAACAUCUGUAAAAAUUGCAUCGAUAAGAACAAAUCAGAACAAUGGUGCUAAUGGGACAUACAAGCAUAUUCCUAUGUUGAGUAUGAACCAGGUGGAUAUUGUGGCAUCUUUCCAAACUAGCUAUUUCAUUUCUGGAAUCGCUCCUUUUGGUGAUUCCUUGGUUGUAUUAGCUUAUAUUCCGGGGGAAGAUGAUGGAGAGAAGGACUUUAGCAGCACUGUGCCAUCACGCCAGGGUAAUGCUCAGAGGCCAGAAGUGCGCGUAGUUACUUGGAAUAAUGACGAGCUUGCAACAGAUGCAUUACCUGUUCAUGGAUUUGAGCAUUACAAGGCAAAAGACUAUUCUCUUGCUCAUGCUCCAUUCUCAGGUAGCAGCUAUGCAGGUGGUCAGUGGGCUGCUGGUGACGAACCAUUGUACUACAUUGUAUCCCCAAAGGAUGUAGUUAUUGCGAAGCCUAGGGAUGCAGAAGAUCACAUUUCUUGGCUUCUUGAACAUGGAUGGCAUGAGAAAGCUUUAGCAGCAGUUGAAGCUGGACAGGGGCGGAGUGAGCUUCUUGAUGAGGUGGGGUCUACAUAUCUUGACCAUUUGAUUGUGGAAAGGAAAUAUGUGGAAGCUGCAUCUUUAUGUCCUAAGUUGUUGAGAGGAUCCGCUUCAGCAUGGGAGAGAUGGGUUUUUCACUUUGCUCACCUCCGUCAGCUUCCUGUAUUGGUUCCAUAUAUGCCAACAGAAAACCCAAGAUUACGGGAUACUGCUUAUGAGGUUGCUCUUGUAGCUUUGGCUACAAAUCCAUCUUUGCACAAAGAUCUAUUGUCAACUGUUAAAUCUUGGCCGUCUGUUAUUUAUUCUACAUUGCCUGUUAUCUCAGCCAUUGAACCUCAGCUUAAUACUUCAUCGAUGACUGAUGCCCUCAAAGAGGCUCUGGCAGAAUUAUACGUAAUUGAUGCGCAAUACGAGAAAGCUUGUGCACUUUAUGCUGAUCUUAUGAAGCCGGAUUUAUUUGAUUUCAUUGAAAAACAUGACUUACAUGAUGCCAUUCGUGAAAAGGUUGCCCAAUUAAUGAUGAUAGAUUGCAAACGAGCAAUUCCAUUGUUGAUCCAGCAUCGAGACCUAAUUACUCCGUCUGAAGUUGUUUCACAACUUUUGGCUGCAAGGGUCAAGUGUGAUUCCAGAUAUUUUUUGCAUCUGUAUCUGCAUGCACUAUUUGAAGCUAAUCCUCACGCUGGAAGGGAUUUCCACGAUAUGCAGGUAGAACUCUAUGCGGACUAUGAUCAGAAGACGUUGCUUCCUUUUCUUCGGAGUAGUCAGCAUUAUACUCUUGAGAAGGCCUACGAAGUCUGUGUCAAAAGAGAUCUACUAAGAGAGCAAGUUUUUAUCCUUGGUCGAAUGGGAAAUUCAAAAGAAGCCCUUGCAGUGAUCAUAAAUAAAUUAGGGGAUAUUAAAGAGGCUAUAGAAUUCGUGAGUAUGCAGCAGGAUGAUGAGCUAUGGGAGGAACUGAUUAAUCAAUGCCUUCACAAACCUGAAAUGGUAGGUGUGCUCUUGGAGCAUACUGUUGGCAAUCUUGAUCCUCUCUAUAUCGUGAAUAUGGUGCCCAAUGGCCUGGAGAUACCUCGUGUUGUUGCCUUAAAUUUGGUAGGAACUUUAUGAUUACAGCUUACAUGCUGCGCUAUAAAGUGCAUGCUGGUAAAGUUUUAAAGUGAGUGGUGAAAGGUUUGUAUACUUAGCUCCCACUUGGUCAAUGGCUAAUCUGAUGCUUUGUCAAUCAUUAUUGUUACCGUUAGGGCUAGUCACGAAGGUUUAAGUGCUUUUAUUGAUGUGAUGAUCUGCGCGUAUUGUGACG